CUGCAGUUUCCUCUCCAGGCCCAGGGAGUAAUCACAGCCGCCCCGACCUUGGCUUCCUCUGCUGGGAGGGAUUGGGGGGCUGGGCCCCUGCAAGGGGCCCCCAGCUUCCCCCUUCCCCUGGGCAGGGGACAGAGAAGCACAGGCCCAGGGAGCGAGGACUAACUUCCUCUUGUGCCGGAAUGAGCAUGUCUGCCCUUUGCAAGUGGGUUUGGGUCUCUCAAGCAGAGGAAACCAAAAGCAGUGAGAGGGAGGGAAGGCAGAGCGACCAAUCAAGGGCAGGGUGAGGCGCAAAACCAGCGGCUCCCCGGGGAGCCAGGCAGAGGCGGGGGGCCAUGGCGGAGCUGCAGCAGCUGCAGGAGUUUGAGAUCCCCACGGGCCGGGACGCCCUGCAGGGCAACUACAGCUCCCUGCUGCGAGUCGCAGACUACUGCGAGGACAACUACGUGCAGGCCACAGACAAACGGAAGGCGCUGGAGGAGACCAUGGCCUUCACCACCCAGGCCCUGGCCAGUGUGGCCUACCAGGUGGGCAACCUGGCUGGACACACUCUGCGUAUGUUGGACCUUCAGGCGUCCGCCCUGAGGCAGGUGGAAGCCCGUGUGAGCACGCUGGGCCAGAUGGUGAACAUGCAUAUGGAGAAGGUGGCCCGAAGGGAGAUCGGCACCUUAGCCACCGUCCAGCGGCUGCCCCCCAGCCAGAAAAUUAUCGCCCCUGAGAGCCUGCCUCCCCUCACGCCCUACUACAGGAGACCCCUCAACUUCGGUUGCCUGGAUGACAUCGGUCACGGGGUCAAGGAUCUGAGCACACAGCUGUCGCGGACCGGGACCCUGUCUCGAAAGAGCAUCAAGGCGCCUGCCACACCCGGCUCCACCACCCUGGGGAGAGCGCCCCGGAUCCCCGAGCCAGUGCAGCUCCCCAUGGUGCCGGACGGCAAACUCUCCGCCGCCUCCUCUGCCUCCUCCCUGGCCUCGGCCGGCAGCGCCGAAGGUGUCGGUGCGGUCUCCACGACCCAGGAGCAGGCAGUACCCCCACCUCCACCCCCUCCACCUGCUGCCUCCGAAGGUUUCCUGCCGCCCCCUCCGCUGGGGGAACUGUACCUGCCCCCAACGGCCCCAGAGCUGCCCAUGCCCCUGGACCUGCCCCCUCCUCCACCCUUGGAUGUAGAUGAUUUGGGGCUACCACCUCCGCCACCACCAGGCUUUGGGCCUGAAGAACCCAGCUGGGUCCCUGAUGCAUACUUGGAGAAAGUGGUGACACUGUACCCGUACACCCGCCAGAAGGACAACGAACUCUCCUUCUCUGAGGGCACCGUUAUCUGCAUCACCCGCCGCUACUCCGAUGGCUGGUGUGAGGGUGUCUGCUCAGAGGGGUCUGGAUUCUUCCCCGGCAACUAUGUGGAACCCAGCUGCUGACAGUCCGGGCUCUCUGGGAUGCUGACCCAAGCACAGCCUUGAGUGAGCCUCUUUUUCUGAGUCCCACACCGAAGCCAGCUCCACAGUCAAGACUGGACCAGGCCUGCACACCUCCUGGGCUGUGAGCUGUGUCUGUUCCUUCUCCAGAGGCCUGCUGGAGACAGGAAAGAACUGGAAACCAAGGAGUUUGGUGACCUUAUCCACAGGGGACCCUUACGCCAUGCAUGACAGGGUCUCCAGCUGCAAGCGCCAACUUUGAAUAAAACUCUGAUGCCCUGAUUGCCCUGCAGGGCUGGGGAACCGAGGGACUGAAAGGCAGCCCACUUGUAAGGCUCCCGCUAAUUGAGCGCCCCCGCCUGCCCUGAGCAGCGGUAUCCCCCAUCUCCUCGGUGCUCACUGAGCCCUCUGCACUUGACCCCUGUGCCCCUCUGCAGAGACGGGCUGCACCCUGCUCUUUUGCCUGUUGCUUGCUUUGUUAUGUAUUUAGUUUUGGUUCCCCAAGCUGGGCACUCCUCCCAAGAGUGGGGACCAGCUCCCUCACUUAAGUGGGGCUCUCUGAGAGCAGAGAUCACCUCGCCCUCAUCCCUCAGGCUGCGGCGCAAGAGAUCUCAGCCACCUUCA